CAGGAAUGACAACAGUAACAUGGGGCCACUUGUAAGUCUACAGAAUAAAGAAAAUCUUUCACGUAUAUUAAAAAAAGCUCAACCUUAUCUUCAUAAAUGUAUAAUUACUGCCAAUUCUUUAAGAAAUCAAGUUUUUGAGGAAUUUGAUAAUGCAGAACAGGUUAAAGGUAUUCAGUGGAAACGUUUUCCUGCAUUAAAUAAAUUGCUAAAGGGACAUCGACCGGGUGAACUAACUAUAUUUACUGGACCGACUGGAUCGGGCAAAACAACUUUUAUUAGUGAAUAUUCUCUUGAUUUGUGUAUGCAAGGAGUUUGUACACUUUGGGGAAGUUUUGAGAUUAAUAAUAAACGACUUUUGAAAAUGAUGAUGACACAAUUUGCCCAAAUUCCAUUGAAAAAGUUUCCAGAAAAAUACGAUUACUGGGCUGAUCAAUUUGAACAACUUCCAUUGUAUUUCAUGACUUUUCAUGGUCAGGAACUGUUAAAUAAUGUAAUUGAGGCUAUGACUCAUGCAGUUAAGCUUUACAAAACUGAGCAUAUUAUAAUUGAUAAUGUACAAUUUAUGCUUGGCACUGGAAAUAUGAAUUCAUCGAUGGAUAGAUUUUUUCGUCAGGAUAUAAUGGUAUCAGAAUUUAGGGAGUUUGCCACUAAACACAACUGUCACAUCACCCUUAUCAUGCAUCCAAGAAAGGAACUUGAAGAGCUAAAUACUCAUUCUAUAUAUGGAGGAGCAAAAGCUAGUCAGGAAGCAGAUAAUGUUAUGAUUUUACAAGAUAAAAGAACAACUACAAUUCGUGGAAGGAAAUAUUUACAGAUAACGAAGAAUCGUUUCGAUGGUGAUCUCGGAAUAAUGCCUCUUGAUUUUGACAAAGACACUCUAAGUUUUGUUGCAAAGAAGAAGAAAAAAUCAACAUCAUCGAAUGCAGAAAAUCAAGACAAUCAUGACGAUAAUUCAACCGAUCUUGGAACGUAAAAAGUUUUUGUAGUUGCUGUAAUGAUUUUUAACGGAGGAUUUUUUAAAAAGUUGUUAUAUUUUUUUCUGCGGUUUAAAAAAUGUGAAAUUUCAUAUUGAAUAAUGUAUAUUAAACUCGAAA